GAUGGUCGUGAUUGUGUCGAGCCGUGAGCGCUCAGUCGCCAGGUUGUGUCGGGACAGGUGAGGUGCGCACUGCAAGUCCCCGGGACCCACCACCACGCAGGCCAGGCACGCGCGCCCUCCCUCACCACGUGCACGACCCUCCACGCCACACCUCCUCCUCCUCCUCCUACUACCUCAUAACGAGUCGUCCUCACAAGAAGUCAGACUCACAACAAGUCGAUCUUGGUAAAAGUGCCCACAGCAAGUGAAUAUAAAAACAGUUUUUUUAAGCAAAUCAGGUGGACUUCGUGUCACUGGGUUGGUGUUGACGUCGAUUCCUCGCAAAGUGAAGAUAUUCUCAGGUGGACGUAACGACACAGAAACCCUCUAGUCUGCAACUAGUCAUUAAGAGAAGACGGUCAGGUGUUUGCCAGUGAAGAACACCUGAACCAGGAAGGAGUUUGCUUGUGUUGUGUGAUCGGUGUCGUAAAGUGGCGAGCAACAUACACACCUCCACGCAGCUCAUCAUUAUAAACAGAUAAGCCGUAGUAACACUUGGAUACAUCACAGUUCACUCCCAUCUACUGCCACGCCGGCGUCUCCUUCAGUAUCAGUCUACACAAUUUCGUCAAGUCACACGUCGACGCGCUGGUUCAGUAUGCAGUCAACGCCAGCAGGAGGCUUCAACGUGUACCCUCGGGCACCUCUGUCUGUGGUACCGCCGUCACUCCUGACCUACCAGAUGUUGGCGUCGCAUCCUCCUAGAGAACCAGCACCCCAGUACCCGCUCCUGCACUCCUCUCUCUUCCUUCCCAUACACCACAAUCGGAGCCCUGUUUACUCCCCUCACUCCCCGAAGGCAGGGGAAGAUGGGAGUAAGUCACACCUGGCGUUUUAUACCCCACCAAGGUUGGAGGCUGAGACACUUGGCUCAAUUAAGAAUUCUCCAGCUUCGUCGCCCCAGUUGGACUCACCGCCACCAACACAUGCCUCUCUCACCGUCACCGCCAUCAUAGACACUGAGGAUGGGCGCUCCCAAGCUCAUUUUGAGAAAAAUGAAGUAGUCAGAGAUCCAGUGCACGAAAACAACGACAAAAAAGACUUGCCACUUGACCUGACUAUGAAGAGGAGGUCAGAGAGUGGCGGCAGAACCGUCACGACCAGCGAGGUCACGAAGGAGGACGAGAGGGCCCAUCUAGACGACAAGGGAAGUUUUUCAGAAAAACCUGAACACACUAAGUUUGAUGAUGUAAUAAAACCUCGUCCCCGUCAGGAUCACCCGUUUCUCAGGAUAAGCGACUUGCUCAAAGACUCUCCCUCGAGUAGUCCGGUGCCAAACCCGCCUUACCCGCCUGCUGAGCCACCAGCCAAGUUACCUCUGGUGUACCCUCGACCCCUACACCCCGCCGCCAUACUGGACAUGUACCGUAGCCUAGAUCGGUCCGCUUUUAUGGCCGGGAGCUGCCUCCCCUCAGCCAGGUAUCCCCUCUUCACCUCCCUCUUCCCCCACGCCAGCCUCCCCUCCGUCAGCAUGGCUCCAGCACGCACAGUUGGACUGGAUUUCUUCAAGAGUCAUAUGCCUGGAGCGUCUCGUCCUUAUGGUGACCUCGUUCGUCCAUACAGUGACCUACUGACGCCGCACGUGGCUCGCACUGCUAAGGAUCGAUAUACAUGUAAGUUCUGCGGCAAAGUGUUCCCACGCUCGGCCAAUCUGACCCGCCACCUGCGGACUCACACCGGGGAGCAGCCCUACAAGUGUAAGUACUGCGAGCGUUCCUUCAGCAUCUCGUCCAACCUGCAGCGUCACGUCCGCAACAUCCACAACAAGGAGAAGCCCUUCAAGUGUCCGCUGUGUGACCGCUGCUUCGGCCAGCAGACCAACCUUGACCGACACCUCAAGAAACACGAAGAAGAAGGACCCAACCCACCGGACUCCCCCGAGGCCCCAGACUCCAGCAGCGUCGCCGUCACUAUCGAGAAAGUUGACGAUACUGAGAUGGAUGUGAGCAGAGUGGAGGGUGACAGUGAGGGUGAGGUGACGGUGGACAUAACCAGAGUAGCGACGUCUCACUCCCUCGACGGCUGUGACAGUGAAGCGAGUGUCACAGACGCCCACCACCACUCCACCCACCCAGCGGGCGCGGAUGAACCAGCCAAGAAACGCGUUAGAUUAGAAUAGCACCAAAUUUAAUAGCACAUUAUACUAUUAGUGUUAAUUAUACUAUGAGACGCCAUGUUGUAAUAUGUGUAUUAAAAAAUUCUCUGCAAAUUCCUUUAUACAGUGAGGUCAAUACAAUCAACUCGCUAUCCACUUUAACAAUAAAAAAAGUGAAAUAAACUUAAGGAUUGUUACGGGGAUGUGUCCUCACUACCAAAAGUUGCCAAUGGAAGACAACAAGAGACGAGUCCAACGUUGUAUUCUAGUCAAGUUGUGUACCACACCAAAGAUAUCCUCGCUUCACAUACUCAAGAUGAAGUCAUUAUCCUCGAUGCGGGUCAGUCACUCACCUGUGUACGCCAACAACACCUGACCCAGUGAGCAGACGCCUUCCUGUGGGUGUCGAGUUUUACAGUGUAGUUGUUUUGUUUUUUAGGUCAUCUCAACGAGCCUAGAGAAGAGUGUACAGUACAGUGAGGGUCGUAGUGCUGCUUUCCCUCCUCUGUCUGACGAAGAUGAAGUACAGUGCGCUGAUACAGUCGAACAGAUUAUAAUUAUUGACUGUAAAAAAUGAUACAGUCUAACAAGGGGCCAUAAUACAUUUUAAUAUGUGGUCAUGACAACAGUCUAACAGGGGUUCACAACACACACACACACACACACACACACACACACACACAUGUAAACAAACCCACUUGAAGAUUUGUUAUGUCUCACUUUCAUGAA